AAAAUCAAUCCAUUGUUACCCAUCUCCAUGAUCAGUCAAAGCUCCAUUCCUCCUUCAAUGACUAUCUUCUUCUUCUUCUUCUUCUUCUUUUUCUUUUUCUUUCUCUUUCUAUUAGUCCCUUGUACUGCUCAAAUCUCUUUCAACUUCACAAGUUUCAAUCGAGACAUUAACCACAUCAACUACACUGGACAUGCUUUAUUAUCUGAUCCAGUCAUCCAACUGACCCUAAUCUUGAACAAACCCAUGACAGGAAGUACAGGCCGAGCCACGUACUUCAAACCAAUGCAUCUUUGGGACAAAGCCACAGGAGCACUUGCAGACUUCAAUACCCAUUUCUCCUUUGUCAUUAACUCACUAAAUCAGACCCCAUAUGCCGAUGGGAUGGCAUUUUUCCUUGCACCAGUUGGUUUCCCUAUUCCUGGUGUCCAAGAAGGCAGAGGUUUAGGCCUUGUCAGCGGUCAACAAAUAUUCAACCCAACGUUCAACUCAUCGCCGGCCAAUCGAUUCGUGGCAGUGGAGUUCGACACAUUUUACAACAAUGAAUGGGAUCCACCAAGGGAGCAUGUAGGUAUCAACAUCAACUCCUUGGUAUCUGUGCAAAAUAUGACAUGGCGGUGUCAAAUUCCCUCUGGAAAAAUGAAUCAGGCCUCGAUUCGUUACAAUUCUAGUUCGAGAAAUUUGAGUGUUGCAUUCACCAAUUUUCUUGAUGAAAACACCACAAUCAUGCAAGAGCUUUAUCAUAUAGUUGAUCUACGCAAGUAUUUGCCAGAGUGGAUUACUUUCGGCUUCUCUGCCGCAACAGGAACACAAGUCGAGACGCACACUCUUCACUCUUGGAGCUUCAAUUCUAAUAUACAAAUUGAUCCAAAUUUAUCGAGUCCAAAUUGGGAGCCAGUGCCAGCAUUUGCCAACCAAAAUCGAAAAAUAAUAAACAAGAGAUGGGUACUAGUGGGAUCUAUAGGAGGUGUUUGUGUUUUAAUCGGUGGGUUGGGCUUCCUUUGGUUUUGCUUGAAGAAGAAGAAAAAGAAUAGGGUUGAAAAUAAAGACAAGGAUUUGUAUGAGCUUAAAGCCGAAACAGGACCUAAGAAGUUUUCAUACCAAGAAUUGGCCACUGCAACAAGAAACUUUGUGGAGGAAGAGAAGCUCGGACAGGGCGGAUUUGGUGGAGUUUAUAGAGGUUUCUUGAAAGAAUUGAAUUCAUAUGUUGCUGUCAAAAGGGUGUCAAAGGAGUCUAAACAGGGUAUUAAAGAGUAUGCUUCGGAAGUGAAGAUCAUUAACCAAUUGAGGCACAGAAAUUUGGUGCAACUUCUUGGUUGGUGCCACGAAGAAAGAGAACUCUUACUUGUGUACGAGUUUAUGCCCAAUGGCAGCUUGGAUUCUCAUCUGUUCAACGACAACACCUUCUUGACAUGGCUGACAAGGUACAAUAUCGCUAAAGGAUUGGCCGCGGCAUUGUUUUACUUACACGAAGAAUGGGAACAGUGUGUGUUGCACAGAGAUAUUAAAUCAAGCAACAUUAUGUUGGAUUCAAAAUUCAAUGCUAAACUUGGGGAUUUUGGGUUAGCCAGGCUUGUUGACCACGGGAGAGUGUCACAAACCACAGUCUUGGCCGGGACAAUGGGCUACAUGGCUCCUGAGUGCCUCAUGACAAGCAAGUCUAGCAAAGAAUCAGACGUCUACAGCUUUGGUGUUGUUGCUUUGGAAAUUGCUUGUGGAAGAAAGCCCAUUGACCUCAUGGCUGAAGAAGGUCAUAUGAGGCUGGUGGAGUGGGUUUGGGAGCUCUAUGGAAGAGGAAACCUUCUUGAAGCAGCGGAUGCGAAACUGGGAGAUUUUGAUGAGGAACAGAUGGAAUGCUUGUUGUUUGUUGGGCUUUGGUGUGCUCAUCCAGAUUACAACCUCAGGCCUUCAAUAAAGCAAGCAAUUCAAGUUCUUGACUUUGAGGCUCCUUUGCCUAGCCUCCCACCAAACAUGCCUGCGCCAGCUUACUCAGCUCCUGAAAGACACGGGACACAAUCCUCCAGCUCUAGUUGCUACACCAUCUCCUCCAACCAUUCCGUGGUUUUUUCGUCGUUGCCACAGCUUUCAUAAGGACGUUGUGGGAAUCUUUAAAACGUAUGAAUCUCGAGGUAUGAUUGUACUAUUGAGAUUGCGUUGGAUAUAGGGGAACAUGAAUUUUAGGUAGCAAGGUUCAAGUUGUCAUGACUUGGGUGUUUGAAGUUUUCAGUGUUUCUAUUGUAUUCAACAAUAAGAGCAAUAGUUGUACAA